GAGAAGCUAUUUUCAUGUUCAGAAUGUGGGAAAUGUUUUACACAGAAAUCCAAUCUUGUUAUACAUGAGAGAAUUCACACUGGGGAAAAGCCGUAUUCAUGUUCAGAAUGUGGGAAAUGUUUUACAGAGAAAUCAAAUCUUGUUGGACAUGAGAGACUUCACACAGGAGAUAAACAAUAUACAUGUGCAGAAUGUGGAAAAUGUUUCACACGGAAAUCAAUUCUUGUUAAACAUCAGAGAUGUCACACAGGAGAGAAAGCAUAUACAUGUUCAGAAUGUGGAAAAUGUUUUAGACAAAAAUCACAUCUUGUUUUACAUGAGAGAAGACACACAGGAGUGAAGCCAUAUUCAUGUUCAGAAUGUGGGAAAUGUUUUACAGAUAAAUCAGAUCUUGUUAAACAUCAGAGAUAUCACACAGGAGAGAAGCCGUAUUCAUGUUCAGAAUGUGGGAAAUGUUUUACACAGAAAUCAGAUCUUGUUAUACAUGAAAGACUUCAUACAGGAGAGAAGCCAUAUUCAUGUUCAGAAUGUGGGAAAUGUUUUACACAGAAAUCCAAUCUUGUUAAACAUGAGAGAAGUCACACAGGAGAGAAGCCAUAUUCGUUUUCAGAAUGUGGGAAACGUUUUUCAGAAAUAUCAAGUCUUCUAAAACAUUAAGAAGAAUCACACAGGAGAGUAGCUGCAUUCAGAAUGAGAAAAAUGUUUUUGUUUCUAAAGCCAUAAUUAGGGGUCAUUAGUGAAGUCACACAAGAGAGAAUUCAUAUGGCCACAAUAUAAGGAAACAAUAUAUCACUGGGUCAUAGACAUUGUUUUCAUUUCAGGUUUUAUAUUUGGAUAUAAAAGCUUAAUUGAUGUCACAUAACGGCUUCUAUAAAACAUCUGAUAAAUCCUGUUUAGGAAGACAUAUAUUCUGUUCAUGACUUAUAUUUUAAUCCUUACAGUUAACCCUUUCAGCCCCGGAGGGGUUUUUUGCAUUUUCCUUUUUUACUCCCUGCAUUUCCAGGACUUUUUUAUUUUUACAUUUACAUAGCCGU